AUGUCGAGUCAGGUGGUCGACCCCAUGCGCUGGCAAUUAUGGAACAUCAGUGGCCUGAUCGUGACACCAAGGUUGAACCAUGCGGGGUUUGUGGAUACGCCGAGUGUCCACUUCAACUCCGCACUGCAAUAUGGCUGGGUGCGACUGCAAGAUCACUAUUCUGACCGACCUUCCACCAUGGGGUUCUCACCCACUCAACGGGAAAAUAGAACGGCCCCGGUGGUCUUCUUCACCAUCCACAGACUCAUCUUUGGCCUCUUCUCCGGCAGAGGUCUGCCCAAAUCCUCCCCUCGCAGCCCUUCGCCGAUUUCCGGAGUUCUUGGUAGCAGCGGCAAAUAUGCCGGCAACAUCAUCGGCGGACUGAUGCAGGGACUGGGCAUGGCCCUCGCCGGAGCCUGUGCCAGCACCGUCCUCGUGCAGGCCGGCUUGGGCACUUACCCGGGCCUCUACACCAUCUCUGGCGCUGCGGCUGGCGGCUUCCUCUUUGUUCCCAUCAGCAGCUGGAUCCAAAAGAGAAAUGCUGCUAUGAAAACUGAGGAAAUGGGUUUCGACCAGAAAGGAAAGGCUGCGGAUCCCCCAAAGCUGACAGUCUAUGAACAAAUCGGCAUCAGCCGCUCGACAUGCAUACUGGCCACGGAAGCUGCGCAGGUAGUCAUGAUCAGAGGCUUGGCCCUGCACAAGAAUGGGAGCUACACUGCUCAUAGAAGAUUGCAGAUGAGAUUGCAGACAUGGCUUGACGAUUGUUCGACCUGCUCUGGUCUCUGGUCAUGUUCAAACUUCAUCUUAGUCUACGUCGAGUCCAAGAAAUAUUAA